UCCCCUAGGAACUGAACGAUUUGGCUCGUGAUCCUCCAGCACAAUGUUCUGCAGGCCCAGUUGGAGAUGACAUGUUUCACUGGCAAGCAACAAUUAUGGGACCCAAUGACAGUCCAUAUCAAGGCGGUGUAUUUUUCUUGACCAUUCAUUUUCCAACAGACUACCCCUUCAAACCUCCUAAAGUUGCGUUUACAACAAGAAUCUACCAUCCAAAUAUCAACAGCAAUGGCAGCAUUUGUCUUGAUAUUCUCUCAGAUCACAGUGGUCCCCAGCUUUAACAAUUUCUAAGGUUCUUUUGUCAAUUUGUUCACUGUUGUGUGACCCAAACCCAGAUGACCCUCUAGUGCCAGAGAUUGCACGGAUCUACAAAACAGAUAGGGAAAAGUACAACAGAAUAGCCCGGGAAUGGACUCAGAAAUAUGCUAUGUGA